UCUCUGGGCCUCAGCCGCCACCGAGCGGGUUUCCUUUUUCCGGCGCUCCGGGUACAAGAGCCAGGUUGGGCCACCUAGGCAGCUGGCCGUGGUGCAAUCCCAGUGCUCACCUGAAGACCCCCCCCCCCCGAAAACUAACGUUACCCUGCUGGACAGCGUGGGCACCAUGAACAACGCGGGACUGAAUUCGGAGAAGGUGGCUGCUCUGAUUCAGAAACUGAAUUCUGACCCUCAGUUCGUACUCGCCCAAAAUGUCGGGACCACCCACGACCUGCUGGACAUCUGUCUGAAGAGGGCCACAGUACAGGGUGCUCAGCAUGUGUUCCAGCACGUUGUGCCUCAGGAAGGCAAGCCGGUCACCAACCAGAAGAGCUCAGGGCGAUGCUGGAUCUUUUCUUGUCUGAAUGUUAUGAGACUUCCAUUCAUGAAAAAAUUUAAUAUUGAAGAAUUUGAGUUUAGUCAAUCUUACCUAUUUUUCUGGGACAAGGUUGAACGUUGUUAUUUCUUCUUGAAUGCUUUUGUGGACACAGCCCAGAAAAAAGAGCCUGAGGAUGGGAGGCUAGUGCAGUAUUUGCUUAUGAAUCCUACAAAUGAUGGUGGGCAAUGGGAUAUGCUUGUCAAUAUUGUUGAAAAAUAUGGCGUUGUCCCUAAGAAAUGCUUCCCUGAGUCUCAUACAACAGAGGCAACCAGACGCAUGAAUGAUAUUCUGAAUCACAAGAUGAGAGAAUUCUGUAUUCGACUACGGAACCUGGUACACAGUGGAGCAACCAAGGGAGAAAUCUCAGCUACACAGGACGUCAUGAUGGAGGAGAUAUUCCGUGUGGUGUGCAUCUGUUUGGGUAAUCCACCAGAGACAUUCACCUGGGAGUAUCGAGACAAAGAUAAAAAUUAUCACAAGAUUGGCCCCAUAACACCCUUGGAGUUUUACAGAGAACAUGUCAAGCCGCUCUUCAAUAUGGAAGAUAAGAUAUGUUUCGUGAAUGACCCACGGCCCCAGCACAAGUACAACAAACUCUACACGGUAGACUACUUAAGCAAUAUGGUUGGAGGGAGAAAAACUCUAUAUAACAACCAGCCUAUUGACUUCUUGAAAAAGAUGGUUGCUGCUUCCAUCAAAGAUGGAGAGGCUGUGUGGUUUGGCUGUGAUGUUGGAAAACACUUCAAUGGCAAGCUGGGCCUCAGUGACAUGAAUGUCUAUGACCAUGAGUUAGUGUUUGGCGUCUCCUUGAAGAACAUGAAUAAAGCCGAGAGAUUGGCUUUUGGUGAGUCACUUAUGACCCACGCCAUGGCCUUCACUGCUUUCUCAGAGAAGGAUGAUCAGGAUGGUGUAUUUGUGAAAUGGAGAGUGGAAAAUUCAUGGGGUGAAGACCAUGGCCACAAAGGUUACCUGUGCAUGACCGAUGAGUGGUUCUCUGAGUAUGUCUAUGAGGUGGUGGUGGACAGGAAGCACGUCCCUGAAGAGGUGCUGGCUGUGCUAGAGCAGGAGCCCAUCAUCCUGCCGGCGUGGGACCCCAUGGGGGCCUUGGCUGAGUGAUACUGCCUUGUUUUUUUCCUCCUCCCUUGGGACCUGCAGUAGCUGCAAAGGACAGAUCCAGGGACUGAAGCCAAAGUUACACAGGUGACUGUGUAUUCCCACAGGAYACAGACUCUUGGAUUUCCAGUCUCCUCCAGGAACCUCUUCGGGAAGUGUGCUUUAUGCUGAAACAAAAUAUUCAUAAAGAAAAAAAAAAAGGGAAAGAUCAGGUCAUAUUAUCUACUCCUCAUCUCCAACAGCUCAGGAUCUCUUAGCAUUUUAAUCAGAUGUAAUUGUCUUAACUCUGUCAAAAAGGUCUUCGGUGGGGCUGGGAUGUAGCUCAAUGGCAGAGCGCUUGCUCAGCAUGAGGCAGGCCCUGGAUUCAGUCUCUGGUGCCGGAAGAAGAAAAAAGCCUUCAGUGUCUGUUGUAAUAAGACAGGAGAUCAGGAGACGAUGAGCAAAUGAGGUGUACGGAGAGAAAAUGGACCUAAUGCUCCUUGAUUCUAGCGUAGAAUGGGGGAGGGUCACCUAAGAUUUGAGCUCUCUAAACUGCAUGCUGCCUCACAGAUCGCUGUCCUUCUAGAUGGCAGUCACUGAAUUCAGUUUCUUCAAGGUGAUUUUAUGUGCCUCUGAUAGCUCAAGAAUGGGAGGUUGAUCAGGUCCGACAUGAUUCCUUCCUGUUAUUCUGAACUGUGGGGGCGCAGCUCUGCUUGAGUCAGGUUAACCAGAGGCCUGGAGAAAGUGGGUGAGGAACAACCCGUACCUAUCAUGAUCUCAGCUCCCAUCAUUAGGGGGAGCUCCAGCCAAAUGGUUUAGCCUCUGCCUCUGAGUUGGGGGUUGGGUGGGCAGGAAAAGGUGAUAUUCAUUCUUUCUGACAACUAGAUGGUGCUGAGAAGCUUUUGAAUAAAACACUUUG